AUGAAAUAUACGGAAAUUCCAUGGCCAUUUUUAAAAGGGAAAUUACGAUCUCAAGGUUCAAUGUCUUAUUUGUACGACAUUUACUUUAAUUGCCGUUAUGAUAUGGAAUAUUCUAGUGGAAAAGAAAAAAGUCAAUUAAUUGAAGAAUUGGAAAACAUAGAUAAUGAUAAUAUAUUAGAUCCGAUACAAUGUAACAUUGAUAAAAUUAAUGAUUAUUUUGUUUUUGAAUAUAAAAUUCACUCUUCCCUAAUUAAAGAAGAUAAAGCAUCUAACAUUUUUGAUAAUUUUGAAGAAACAAUAAAAAUUAUUUUGAAAGAAACUCAAAAUAAAAACAAAGAAAAAGAUGCUAUAAAUAAUGUUAUUGAUAUUAUUAAAAAUGUUUUAGAAAUACCUUUAACAUCUGAAAUUAAUUAUAAUGACAAUUUUUAUGAAUUAGGUGGUAAUUCAUUAUCAUUUAUUAGAUUAAAUUAUCUUAUAAAAAAAAAUUUGGAGAUAGAUAUAAGUAUGAAUGAAUUUUUAUCUUGUGAAACUAUUAAUGAUAUUGUGUUAUUAACAAAAAAAAAUGGACAAAAAAAUAUUGAAAAUAUAAGAGUUAUUUUAUUUCCAGGAUUAUUUGGAGGCGCUCAGCCAUACAAUAAUUUAAUCAAUUAUCUCAAGAUUUAUUUUAAGAAUAUUGAUAUUAUUCCAAUAUCUUAUCCAAAAUUUAUUGAAAAUUUUAAAGAUUUUUCCUCAUUUAUUGAGUAUCUUAAAAUAAAUUUCCAAGAAAAAUAUUAUCCCUUAACAGAUAUACCAACACUACUAAUUGGUACUUCUUUUGGUGGUAUUGUAGCAUAUGAAUUUUAUCAGUCUACAUCAUACAUAAAUAAUAUGUAUAUAAUUAAUAUUGAUGGUAUUGCAGACAACAGGUGGAAUAAAAAUUAUACAUUUAAAGAACAUUCAGAAUCACUUUUAAAAUAUGUAAAAAAUAAUUAUAUUUCAUCAGACAUUAGCAUUGUAAAAUUCCCUAAUGAUAUGACAGAUGUUAUAAACCAUUCUUGGAAUCUUUUACAAUUAGUUAUUAAUUAUUUACCAACAAAAAAUUUUAAUAUCAAAAUAUUAUUAUUUUCAUCAACAACAAAUCAAAAUCCUUAUUUAUGGUGGAAUUUAUUUACAAAUGUCAUUUUGCACCACAUAAACAGUUCUCAUUAUCAGAUUUUAAAUAGUGAUAACUCACAAGAAAUAGCAAAACACAUUAACAAUUUUUUAUCAUGA